CGGAACUCGCGGGCCAUCGGCGUGCUCUGGGCCAUCUUCACCAUCUGCUUCGCCAUCAUCAACGUGGUGGUCUUCAUCCAGCCCUACUGGGUGGGCGACAGCGUGAGCACCCCCAAGCCUGGCUACUUCGGCCUCUUCCACUACUGCGUGGGCAGCGGGCUAGCAGGCCGCGACCUCAUCUGCCGCGGCUCCUUCACCGACUUCAGCACCAUUCCGUCCGGGGCCUUCAAGGCGGCGGCCUUCUUCGUGCUGCUCUCCAUGGUGCUGAUCCUCGGCUGCAUCGGCUGCUUUGCCCUCUUCUUCUUCUGCAACACGGCCACGGUCUACAAGAUCUGCGCAUGGAUGCAGCUCUUGGCAGCUCUGUGCCUCGUCUUGGGCUGCAUGAUCUUCCCCGACGGCUGGGACGCUGAGACCAUCCGGGAAAUGUGCGGGGCCAAGACGGGGAAGUACUCCCUGGGGGACUGCUCUGUGCGCUGGGCGUACAUCCUGGCCAUCAUCGGCAUCCUCAACGCCCUCAUCCUCUCCUUCCUGGCCUUCGUGCUGGGCAACCGGCAGACGGACCUGCUGCAGGACGAGCUCAAGCCGGAGAGCAAAGAUUUCGUCAGCUCGACAGUGAGCUCGGUAUUGCGGCCAGGAGGUGAUGUCUCCGGAUGGGGGGUCCUCCCGUGUCCUGUGGCCCACUCCCAGGGACCCUGAGGCCAGGAGGGAAGCUCAGGAGUCUAUCUGACCUCCGCUUGUCCUGUCUUCUGCCCUCCGGCCCCUCCGACCCAGCUCCGAAGGAAGAUCUCCCACUCUCCACCUGACGUCUCUCACCUCCUACCUGCCUGGCUUGGAAGAGAGGGGUGGCUUGGGGCCGGGAGGGGCAUGGAGUGAGAAAGAGCCCCUGCUGACCCCGGCGGUGUGGGGGGCGGAGGUUCUGGCUCUGCCCCCACAGCCCCCAGGGCCUUUCCUCACCCUUUCCCCCCUGCUCUGAGGACCCCCCCACCCCCCACCCCUGCAGGACCUCUGGAGGCUGCAGUCUGAGGGCCUUUGGCCCUGCCUCCCACAAGAACCCCAUCAAGACACUGCCCUGGGCCCCUCUGGUGGACCGGACUUUUUCUUACCGACGAUGAUUCCACCACAUCUGUCACAGCGUCUUGCGGCGUGCCGCCAGCCCUCGGGGGACUUUUCUUUCAGCGCUCCCAAAGGAUCAGAGCUGCAGUAAGGGGAGGGCACACGCCUCCUUGCCAUCCACGGACUGGGAGGCUGCCUGGCGCAGUCUGAGGCAGGGCAGUGGGCAGCGGGCCCUGGUGGAAGUCAGACAGGGCACUCUGAUUCCAGAGCAGGGCUUUGGAGAGGCUCAGCCGGUGGCUGGGAUGCUUCGACAGCGGCCCUUGAUCCUGCCCUGUUUUGUACGGCACAGACUUCUCAGCCCCUCUAUCAGGGUUGUGGGGGUGGAGGUGGGGGGAAGGGCCCAGGAGUGGACAAUUAGGAUGUGUCCUUCCUGCCUUUUGUGUGGCCCCCCUGCCCCCCACCCCAGGCAUCUGCCAAAGGCAGAAACUGCCCUGCCUCUUUGAUACUUUUCUGCAUAACUUGAACUUGCAGGUCACCUCUGAACAGGGUACCCCUGUCCCCACCCCAGGCCUGUUCCCCUGUCCCUGCCUCUUCUUCUUCGCCCACCUUCUCGCCUUGUGAUAUGCCCAGGGUCCACAGCCCAAUGGGCAGUGCUUGGAGCCAAGGCAUGAAUGUGUGUGUGUGCGCGUGAGUGUGCGUACGUGAGAAAUGUGUGUGGGGAGAUGAGAAGUCUUCCCUCUUUCAUCGUUGGGGUGUCUCUCUCCACCUUGGCAGGGUGCAAACGAGGGAGAUGCCAGGUGUUUUUCCAGCCCCCCUCAUUACCUGUGUAUUGGAGGGUAGAGCUAUCCAGUGCCCCUGACCCUGGGGCUUGGGCAACUGCUUCCAGCACCUAGUUCAGGGGCAGCCAAGCGGUUCCACCUACUGUGCGAUGGCUCUCCACAGUGCCCCUGCAGGUCUGGUGGGAUGGUACAGCUAUUGUCAUGUCUGCCUCAGCCAGAAGAGGGGGCGGGUGGUGUGUGUGCCAUGCAUUUGCCAACUCGUGUUCAUCUCCCUAAGAGUUGGACCCUCUGACUAGGACUUCCAAGACAGACCCACACGCUGCCUGUUUCCCCCAUCUGGACCCUAUCAGGAACCAGAUACUGUGGGAUUCCUGAAGCUUGGAACCCACCAAGUCCUAGUGGCCCUCCAACCUUCGGGAUUCCCAGUUUCCUGCCCUCACCGUGCCUACUUCUCUCCAGCAUCCAGUGAGCCCCUCACUGGUGCUGCACAGCCUGUGCCUCCCCCAACAGGCUGCCUGGGGGUGGGUGCUCCCGCUCCUACCUGGGUCCCUUGUCAAGGAGGAGGGUGUGGGGAGAGAGCUCCUCAGAGAACACAAACCAAAGGCCUCCCCCCUGCCCCAGUGGGAGGGCUGCUAGAGGCAGGGGCAGCAUGGAGAGAGUGAGGGGCAGGCAGAAUAAGGGGUGAGGAAUGGGAAUGCAGGGAGGGAUCAGGUGGGAGAGAGGCAGGUAGAGGAGGAGGCAGGGAGAUGGAGAGGCCUGGUGAUAAACCCAGGAGGAGCAAGGGUGGAGAGUGAUGGAGAAAGGGGGGAGGAGGAAAAAGGCUAUGCUAGAGUGGAUGGUGCUCUCAGAGGGGACUGAGCUAGAAAGAGAACUGGAGGUGGGGGAGGAAGGGAGGCAGAGGGAAAGACGGAAUUAGGAAGAGGAAGGAAGCAUAGAAGGCAUCGAGAUGGGCCACGGACCUGGGGUGGGGUGCUGUCUGCACUUAGAAAGGGGCGAGGGCACCUACUGUCCAAGGGGCCCCCACACCCCAAGGAACCAUGGGAAGAGAUCAGAAUUGCCCUCUCGGAAGCCAAGGCGCAAGAGCCCCACCUCUUGUGAAGUGGGGUAGAGCCACAGCCGGAGGGCUUACUCUUACCGCAGAGGCAGGUAAUUCUGUAAGAGUGGGCUGGUGCCAGGUGACGGAGAAGAGGGAGACUAGGUCCCUUGGGGGCAAAGUUUCCACGUUACCCCCCACCAGCUAUCUCUCUGGCAGAGGGAAGGGCAACUUGGGAGACCCUAGUGAGCUUGAGCCUCAGAGAAUGGAGCUGGGUCUGCUAAGGCCCAAGGGGACCCGGGUAGCACAAAGAAGGUCUCUUGUCUAGUUACCUAAGGGUCUCUAGCCUUUGGGAGGGGAUGACUGGCCUCUUGGAUUCUUAAUAUAGAGCCUCCUGGCUUCAGGUCCUGAAAACAGCGGAGCUUUCAGCACUAAGGUGAGUCUCUAUGCUGGAGCAGCGUGGUCUGACCUCGCCUGGGCCUCGGACUAAGACCAGGGCAACCACAGCCCAGAGGUAGUUCUGUUUGGCUCUGCAGUGAAGUCCUUCCACAUCUAGGUGAUAUGGGGCUCUUCCUUGGGGUCCUUGCAGGAAAAGUUUUCCUGAGCUGAGGGCCUGGAUAAGGCUUGCUUUUGCUAUUUCGGCUUGGACACAAGGCCAGCACCCUUCUCCAGCUUCCAGUGUGAACUGAGAAAAGGAAACCCUCUCUUUGGAGAAGCUGGGAUCUCCCAGUACAAAGAAAUUUGCAGGCCCUGCCUGGCUCAGAGUUCACUUUGGGUGGGUGGGAGUUUCCUAGGAGACGAACGAGGGGGGGGUCCCCGCGCUUCCCUGGGACUUGGCUCAGUGGAUCUCUGAGGUUGUGUGUGUGCUACGAUAGCUUGGUGUUGUCUACACUCCAUUAGUAAGUUCUGUCUGAAGGAGUCCUCACUCUUCAUUAUCCACUUUGGCAACAUUUAUUUUGGUCCUGAUCCCUUCUGCUGCUGCUGGAUUUGAGCUUCAGUGCAGGUGGAAUGAUGUUCAAAUAAACACUUUACAUCACC